UAAAAAAUAAGUUAAUAUAGGGUCGAACGAAAAGCCUGAUGUUUUAGAAUCGACAACUUGAGUUGUUGUUGUUGUUCCUGUUUUUCGACGGCAGCUGUCGUCCAGGGUCGUUCCUUGAGGCCGACUGUCACUGAAUCAAUUGCCCACGGCUUUGCGCAUGCAGUCGGUAUACAGAUAUUGCAACUACAGAUACAUUCGUUCGGUCGCUCGCGACGCUCCUUCAGGAGUUACUGAAUUUUUGGUUACCCUUACUUUUCUUUCGAGGAAUCCGAUAGUCCACUACAGCCUUGUUAGUCGUUUAUUUAGCAAAGAAUAUUAUCGAUAGGCUGGGCGUGCAUGGUCGCAUGGUUCCAUUCAGAUGAUUAAGGACCUCUUUUUCUCACAGGUUUUGUUGUGUGUUUACGCUCUACCAGUGUACAGCAACACCCGGCCGAUGAAGCUUUCCCUGAAAUUAGGGAUGACCUUCACUAUAAUCGGCACUAGCAAGACCCAACACAAUUCUCCAUUUAGUUGCUGCUUUAUGCAGUAGUCAUCAUGAAAGACACUGCUCCUUCAGCAAUUUCGCUGACUGAUUUAGAUAAAACAUCAUUAUUAAACUCUAUCACAGAGUAUAAUCUUGCAUGAUGUAGUAUAAUAUUAUAAGGAGAGUAUAAUAUUACCAAAAAUUAUAUCCUAUUACAGCACACAUACGAGGAAUUUUCGUCCACAGCAAUGAAGUACAUCAAAUUGAGAACUGUAUCCUUUUUCGCUUCCCAAACGUAGGUUCCGCUAUACUUAUGCAUGUCGCUUUUAUUUUAUUCGCACAACCUUGAAAUGACCGUGCUGUUCUUUGUCCGAAUGUCCGAAAUAACAGUCGUGGUAGCUAAUCGCUCCUAGGUUUUGUUGGUCUGUCCCCUAUUCAUAUACUCAAAUGACCCUUCUUUUUUCGGUGUGACGUCGUGUGUAUCGGUUCGUGAGCUCCUGAGAAGUCUUCGCUGGUUGACGCGCGCAGCUUUAAUCUAGCGCCAAUGAACAACAGCUCCAAAGUACUCGGUCGACUGGUCGUCAUUACUAUAGUUGUGGGUGAUUAGGAGACGUGGUAUGUUGCUGCGAUUUGACGGUACUGGGUAGUCUGGCAAUUGCCGCUGGGUCCGCUGCGUCCGCCGGUGCUCCCGCUGCCAGCAGAUAAAGUUAAGGCCCUUUCUUCACCCUUUCUCUCUAUUUUGUCCCUCGCAGCGGUUAAUGAAGGAAACAACACUUAGAGCGACGGUAGCGCCAACGCUUUUCAUUGUAGCUUAGCAGCAGCAGCUGCAGCACCGUCAUCAGCGUUCCCAUCGUUGCCGCCGUCAGUAUCGUUUCCUAGGAUAGAAGCGCGCCUAGUGCAACAACUUACUAGUAAGUGUCCUUUUGUCUGUCUAUUUGUCUACCUACGUGUAUGUAUUUCAGUGUCUCCGCUAUCCGUGAGUCCGUUUUUACCUGCGCAUUCGUACACUUGGGAAAGAGAACGUAUUCGUUCCCCUUCCCCCGUACCGCGCGCUCGCGUGAUUGCACGCUGCGUUGUUGUUGUUCACAUUAUCGGCAAUUCUCAGAAAUCGUUUUUGUUGUUGUUUCGUUCGUAGUCCCCUCUCCCCAUGGCAGGCCGCAAGCCCCCGUCAAAGUGUGAACCUGUUUGAGAGUCUUGAAGCUAAGAGCCUUCAGCUGAAAGAUCUCCUUCAAGUGGAGGAGAGUUUCGCUUGCUCUUCACAGAUCGACGGUAGCUCGUACGACAAGGCUAGGGGAAGGCGGUCCAGGGCGGCACCGUCUUUACUGUCGUCGUUGGUGAUGGUGUUGUUGGUGCUGCUUCUGCUGAAGUACGAGGGUAGCUCGAGUUGACGCAGCUAUCGGCGCUCAAAAGCCAGGACAGCGCAGAAGUGAAUUUUUUGUUUCUUGUUAGAUUGUCGUUUUAUUGUCGUUUCACUGUUGUUAGCGAAAAAUGAAAUGAGAAAACGACAUUUAUAAGUCGAUAGAUAAACUGGCAGAUGAAACGUCAACUAGGAAGAUUGUCCAUUUCACGUACUUGCCGCUGCCAUCGCAGCCUCGCUGUAAGUGGCUAAUAUCACAGAGGGCUCCUUCAAGCACAGACUGCUGUCUCUGCCGCGUUGUGUUGCCCUUCUCCUUCUGUUACAGUAGCCUGUCCCUUACCACCACUCCGCCCCUCCCACGGACCAUGUACGAGUGAGCACCGCCGCCCACCUUGCUGGGACUGCCGUCGGGCUGUGUUGCUUCUAGUAGCGAGUGAGAUCUGAGUGAAAGGGUACUCCAGAUUCGACAAAUCCCCACUCGAUGACAGGGGAGGCCAUUCUUCCAAUGUGGCGUGUGUCUGUGUGUAUAUACGUGCACCACCCAGUCCGCCCUGAAUCGUUCUAGGAAACCGUUGUAUUCACUCCGUGCACCACCACCGAUCAGCAUCAAAGAAACAUUGCGUCGAAGAGACGAAAAGGAAGACAGUUCUAAUAACAACAAGAGUAAAAAACAAGAGUACAAUCUGCACGUCUUGACCUACGCGAGUGCACGCAAUACACUGUCCGGAUACACGUUGUUGUCCACGUACACAGUGUCGUUAUCUAUCGCUUAGCGAUUAGCAACAAAAACAAAAAAAGCUCUUGGAAUCGGUCUCUUCGCGGAAUCCCGACCGUGAACAAAUUUGGAAAAUGCAUAUAAGCCAGCUCGAAGGAACAGAUCAACAGUGAGCAGGCCUGGAACGCUAUACGGUACCAUCAGGACUCAAGGAUACUUCUGUAUGGCAAACUCUAGCACAAAACAAUGUGACACCUUUAAAAGAUGCCCUAGUCGCCUAAGGCUUGAAAGGGACUCACACCAUAAUACAACCCAUUACUGCAGGAGAUUAAAGCUAGGAGUGGAGUCACUCACUAGGUUAUUAUCUCCUUGAAGGACUUGCUAGCAGUAGUCCAGCAAAAAAACCUAAUCUGACAAAUAAGCCGUCAGACUGGAUUGGUGAACAUGUUCCGCUUUGGUUCAAAGAAGGCUAACCGGCAGGAAUACAGGUGUAGCGUACGCUUUCUCGAUGACGAUGAGGCUCCCAUCGAUUGUGACUUUCAGCAUAUGUGCUUGGGCCAGUACGUCCUCGACUUCGUAUGCUCGAGCAUAGGACUGCUGGAGAAGGACCUGUUUGGCCUACGGUAUGUCGACUCUCACAACCAGCGGCGAUGGCUCGACCUCAGUAAACCCGUCCUUAAACAGGUGAAGGGGAUAAAAAAUGUCGUUUUCUGUUUUAGGGUCAAGUACUAUCCCCCGAACCCACUCAAUCUCAAGGAAGAGGCAUGCCGAUAUCAAGUAUAUCUACAACUGAAGAGAGAUCUAACUCACGGCCGUCUUAAUUGCACCCAAAGUGAGGCAGCCUUUAUGGUCGCCUACGUCAAACAGGCCGAGCUGGGUGAUUGGGAUACGUUAGCGAUUGGGGGUACGACGAGCGAAGACGGCUUGGAUGAUCCCGUUAACGAUGGGAAUCCUGCCGAUUCCGUGGAUAACCCCCGACAACGGGCGCACACAUUCAGCACCAGUAGACUUCUGCCCAAAAACUCACACAGCGAGAUCGAGUCACGCAUCGAGCGGAUCCAUGAGACACUCAAAGGAAUAUCAGCUACCGAAGCACAGGACCUUUUUCUAAAACGCGCGGCCACCCUAGAAAGCUAUGGCAUAGACCCGCACCCGGUCAAAGACGAACACAAGAAUCAACUUUACAUUGGAGUCAAUCACCUCGGAGUUCUUACAUUUCGAGCAGGGAAACGAGACCAGCACAUUAAAUUUGACGAUUUGGUGAAAUUUAACUACGAAGGCAAGAUGUUUAUUCUACACGUCAUGACUUCGGGCUCAAAUAAAAAACAGGUCAUCGGAUUUCGGUGUCCUUCGCAGGCCGCUUGUCAUCAUCUUUUUGCUUGCGCCAACGAUAUUCGGUGCUACUUCACGAGUAUUCCGCCGUUGGCAUCCAAGCGCAAUACAUUGUCACGGGCGAUGUCGAUCCUAAAGAAACGUGAAACUUCACUUGCGUCUCUGUACCCAGGACAUCCAUCGGCCACGACCGCUCAGACGCGACUGCCGCAGAUUUCAGUGGAUGACGAUCAAGUCAACCAAGCUCUCGACGAUUUCAAUCGAAACAGGAGCUGCCAUCCAGCUUCACUGUUGGAGCACGCCCAUUACAAGGACGACGAGUCCGAGAUUAUUCGAAGCGGGACCUCGGACGUCGGAUCUUUGUUGGUGAACCCUGACGAUGAGGAGGGCGCAGGCGCGCUGGGAUCGAACAAACCACCUAUUUUAACACCGACACUUGACGGAACUCCAACCCAUCAGAGACAUCAAAGUGACGCUGGCAGUGGAACGGGCCCUAUCGGACCAGGUCAGCAUUUUGAUCAUAACGGGGAUGUCCUUGGUAAACAUCACGUCGUAGGCUACCAAGACUCGGGAAACAUCUACGAGCCUACAGAAACGCCCUUAAGUGAACAUCCAGGCUACACGUUAAUGGAGUGUCACGAUGCGCUCGGCGGGAAAGGUGGCCUGCCCGAAGGUCAUCCGUUACUGCGUCACGCGCAGCUGGUGGCCUUUGCAUCGCUUGUAAUGCUGCUUAUUAUCACCCUCUCCGCGAUCGCCGUCAUGGAGAGUGAUUCUGCUCUUUUCGAAGAGGUGAAAUCGUGGCCGCCUUUUGUCGUGUUACGUCGCGAGUACUAUUAUCCUGUGAAGAGCUUCUUCAGCGGCCGUUUGCGGCAUCCACAAAUCUGAAUCGGUUAGUUCAUAAUGCAGAAUCUGUGGAUGUCAUCUAGUUCAAGAGGCCGUCCAAGUUCAAGUGGACACCAUUCGAUAGAUGCUUUCAAGAAGGUGACCUUCAUAACGCCACGCGUUCCUUAAGAGCACGCCGUUCAUAUAACAUGCUGCACAACUCCUUGAUCAGCAUCACUUCGGUCGUUCAAGGGCACUGCUGCGCUCAGUGAAGCUGGACAAACAUGUAUACAUUUCUGCUGCUACGGAGAGAAUCGGGUGGGCACGGGGUCGCUACUGUUUAUACGAUCGGCGCAAAAUGAAUUUUAUCCCAUAUUCUGUAUAAAUUGUGCAUUAUCUUGAAAACAUGACAUGUUCGUAAAGUCGCAUAACUCCUAUAAAUAUAUACAUAUUGUGCUAAUAUGAAAGACAUAGCAAAUACAAAUGAAGGUUUUGAAUGAAUAGUUGAUCUUUAUUGCAUCUGGAAAUAAAGGUCUGCGCCAGCCGACCGCGGAUUUAUAAAUUAUAAAGUUGUCAUUGUCCAUAUUUGUCGAAAUUGCCAGGGGCUACGCCGGAAACACUGACAAGGCAUUCGCCAAGAUUUACCUGCACGUAUCCGUAAUUUGUUGUUUGACCAAAAAGAGAUAUAGCAGCCUGCGAUCGGUGUUGUUCAAUUAUUGAAUUAGUGUGAAUUUUUUUAUAUCAGAAAUGACAUAAAAACGAUGCUAAUAUUUAAUAUACAUAUAUAUAUAUAUAUAGCCUUCGCAAUUGUUGUAAGCAGUAUCAUAGCAAGGGUAACGUCCCGUUCGUAACCUACCUACCUACCUACGCUUAUGUAGUCACGGUUCGUAAUCAUUCACAGUUUCCAUCUAUAGUUCCACAAAUGUGACAUGGUGUCGCCUAACUAUCAUAUAUAAUUUGAUAUAUAUCAUAGCUUCGAAGCCAUAAAUCAACCAAUGACCGAACAUUCUAGCAGUUAUCGUUACAUAAUGCACACACACUCACACAGCUCUGUCGUCUGCUUAGCCGACUGGGCUUUGUAUGACAUACGUUGUCUUUGUUGAAAAACACUCUCCAAGUCAUAAUACUUGCUGUUUUUUAAAGAGUUCACGCAGUGGCCGAUUGAUCGGGCGGUCUAUCAACUGAUUGAUUGAGGGCAUUGUCUUUGCGUAACUUGUACAUAAACCGAAUCUUACCAGCGAACAAUUGAAGAACUAUACGCGACAGGACGGUGUGCAAAAGACGUCAAUGAAAAACGCCACAGAACGAGCUGAUCAUGAAACUAACCACAGCGAGUACUACAAACAGAUUCUAACAUUACGAUAAGUAUGAAAAAGUCGACAAAAGCAGCUGCAGCAACAGGGACCCCCAAGGAAAUACCGAAACCGUACAAAUCGGAUUACAUAUGAAAAGAUCCGACGCGAAAUGGACAAGGAGAAAUAGCAAGAAGCACUUGAUCAAGCUGCAGAAAUUCGGAGGGAAAUACCGUUAUAAUUCGUGGAGUUGUUUUUGAAAUGAACACGAUAAACAGGAUUCGGCAAAUAUGACAGGCGUCAACUGACAAAAAAAGCAGCUCGGCUCUUUGAGCGAGAAUAGCAUAUUCGAAAUAAAAAAUCUCUUCGUCCUAGCUAUAAAAGAUAGCACUGUAAUAACAUUGAUUGAUCUAAUGUAAUUUGCCUUCGAAAAGAAAAACGGAAUUAAUGUUUUAGUGCUAUUUAUAGAAUUCUACAAGUGAUUAUACUGCUAUUAGGGCUUAUAUUUGAUGUACGAAGAGGAAGUAGGCCAACACACACACGCACAUGUGUAAUAGCAUAGAGAUAUUCAGCUCGCAAUAUAAUAUGAUAUUAUCUUGUCUCUAGUAGCAUGACAAUAAUGGUUCAAGCCUAAAAACAAAGUGUAUUAAAGGUUUAACUGUGCUGGCCCUUAGCAUAUAAUGGUUCGACAAUAGAUACGAUCGAUCGCGGCUCUAUACUCGAUGAUUUGGGAGGCAUCCCACGGGAACUUGGGAACAUUUUACCGUCCUUAUAUGGUUCACUAUGUGCAAAUAUGAAUUUUACUUUGCCUAGUAGAAUAAACUUCGUAUGAUGUAUUCAUUGUCAAAGCAGUUUACUACGUUCACUGAAUGACCACGUAGCAACGUGCCCGCUAUAACUACGAAAAAAAAAUGUACAUAAAAAUCCUACAAAAAAAAGAAAAAUACUCAACGGGAAAAUCACGUGCCGUCAGUCUUUGCUGCCUCCCGAGCAAGCAUUCGCUUUGCCCUGUGUCGUAAACCAUACUCACUUCGCAAUGAUGUAUGAUAUUACCGAUAUAAUCUGCUAGUCUGUGCUUAAACAAGGGAUAUCUACGAGCACAAACGCUUACCUCAUAUGGCAUCUUCUUUAGUACAUGUGUUCUAUUACCAUUUGUAGGAGUCAUUACUAUCCUCAUCAUUAAUGAUAGUAAUAACGAAUAUAAACAUAGGAAAGUUAGUAAUAGAUACGUGUCAACGAAUAAAAUGAAGAAAACGUGCAGCCCUCGCUGGGAUACGAGUCUGACCUUGAAGCGUGUACACUGUGCAAGAGAACGCAGUUGAUAACAAUACUAUCUCUACAACUCAACGUGCACUAUUAGUACGAUUACCGACUACUUAGUGUAAAGUUUAUAUCGUAUUUUUCGAAUUAAUUCUCUCCGCGUAUUUAUCUGUCUAUGUCUACAUUUUGCAAUAAACCGUUUUGACCAGAGAUUGUUUAGAAAACUGACAAGCUGAUCCUCGGACCUUUUCCCUUCCCAGUGUUUCGUUAUUUCGCCACCAGCACUUCAACCCUCUGCCGAAGAGUGGAGCAUAGUCGGCUUGUUGUAACCAUGUCGUGUCUUCUGAUCCAUUAGUCGACUCAAUUUGCAUUAGUUUCAUAGCUAUGGCCAUAUAGGACACUAUUCAACGGCCAUGGGUGACGAGUGAAGGCAACAUGCACAACUAGCCCGCUGUCUUCGAGAACACUGAACCGGUAUUACCAAUGAUAAAUGAACAAAUAAGAAAAGUCUGAAUCGUCUAAUUAGAAUGAAUGCAAAUUAAAACAUAGCUAGGGCAAUAAAUGUCAUGACAAAGGACCACAAUGGCACUGUGUAAACUGUUGUCAACACAAAACAACAAAGGGACAGCAAACCAAGUCUUAUUCUAUCCGUACUGCCUUUAGCACUACAACAAAUAGCAUCGAAGCAAUAAUAACAACAGCAGCUAUUAACACCGGUUCGUUUGUCAGAGGUAUUAUUUAGAGAGUAACGAUAUUGAUACUUUCAGUUACGAUCUGUCUUGUAUAAUAUAAAUUUCAACUAUGAUCGUAACGUUGUGGGAAGGCGUUUACUUUAUCUUGUUUUAUUAAGAAUUCUCACACCACAGGUAUACUAUUAGAUGUAGAACGAAAAAAAAAAAGAUUCAGUAUUUUAUUGAUGGAAUUCCUAUAUUCAUAUUGUUCCAUCUACGAAAUUAAUAUUAAUUUAAUUUUUUUGCUGUCUUAUAUGUGAGACGAUGUGGGAUUGCACAAAUCUAUUCAUUUGAAAAAUAACGUGGAAUCAUCCGUUUGCAUACAGAUCUACAAUUGUAUGUAAACAAAUACCUAAAUAAAAUACAUAAUUCAUCCAUUCAUUCAGAUACAUGUACACAAUAUUUUCACAUCAACAAGGACAAACAAGUAGGUAGAUGGGUGAACUCUGAGAUGGAUGUAACCGAAUUUGUACAUGAGAACAAUCGGUGAGCGCCGACGAAUUUCUAUCAGCUUAAUUCAUCAAACAAUAAUAUUAGAAAAAAUAUAUAGUGGCCAGACAGCAGUUGACAAAUCUCUUCGUACGAAGAAGACCAAAAACGGUAACGGAUCAUGAAGCUGUAAAAAAAAAAUAAAGCUCAAAUGCACCAUAUAAAUUUCACCACCAGCACAUUGAUUUAACAUUCAAAUUGAGGAAAUAGAGGAAGCUGAUAACAUAUAGACGUGUCCUACACAAAAUUGACUAGUUAGAAAAUUGUUUGUAUACUUUAUAUUAGUCGUAAUUUUUUCUUGAAGCAUUCAAAAGAUUUGUUUAUAACGCUUCCGUAAAAGCAACACUUAAUAACCAUAAAAAAUCAUUUAGUACCAAAAUUAUUGCACGUACUUAGCAUUGCCGUUCGUUAUUUCUAGGCGCACUUUGACUUCAAUUGGCUUCCCUUUACAAGACUAAAAAAUCGGACGAAUUGUCGUUGUGUGUUGAUAUUUUUUUAGUGUCACAUUUUGAGCAGUUCGGCCAAGCAAAUGAAAUUUCGAAGCUCUGCCCGUUGCCAACUUCGAAGGUGAAAAAGGUCCUCGAUAGACCUUCGGUGUCAAGAUCGCGCCGAUAUAUAUCUAACGCCUUUUUAGGAGCCUAUUGAAUUAGCAUAGAACAAUUUAAAAAACGAGUUUGGAAAGAUUAUUCGAACGAGCGACAUUCGUAUAAUAUAUUGCUGCAGAAUUUGUUUCUUCUGGAAUUGGCUUUUACCAGUUCUGUGUACAUAUCAUUGUCCCGAAAUGCAGUCUUCGUUUAUAUUAAAACAAUCAGCGAAUGUAAUACAAAGUUUUUAGUUCUACCCACUAUGGCGACUGAUCGAUCGGCAACGAGGAUUUUAUUUAUGUAGUUUAUAACAACUGCCUCGCUCAAUUGAAUAAGCGAAUCUAUACUUCUAUUGUAAAAGUUUGGCAGAUCAUGGCUUUUUUGAAUCGAUAGCGAACGGUAUCAAUGGACAUCAAGCUCGUUCAUAUAUAAACAAUUGGUCCGCGUGACCCCCAUUCGGGGACUAGGAGGUUCGAAACUGCUACUGUUUCUACCCAUACAGUAUAUCUCCAAUACAUUUUGUACCUUCUCUGUCCUGGGAACGCCGGCUCUACCACGCUUAGAGGCCUAAUUACAUCGAUUAUUCAUUACCUCAACCGAAUCAGAAGUAUCUACAGAUCCUUGAAGUUAUUGGGUGAUGCCAAGUUGAUCGCAUGAGGUGCAUAUUGCCACGUACAGAUGACAUGUUACUUAAUUUUCCUGUCUCUCAUUCUCUCUCUACAUUAGCGCUCCUAUUUAGCACCCUGAUACGCCAGAUCAAAUUUUCCAAUAAAUCAGCCGUAACAAUUAAACAUACGAUCAGUCUGUAUGGGAAUAACAGUCAUGCAUUAAAUCACAUACACUCAAUAUAAGGGAUUAAUUGUAUAUAAGCAAUAAAAACGAAGGAAGAAGUAGCAAAGACUGCUUAACAAUAGUCC